UGAGAGUAUAGGGACAUACACGUACUUCCUGUGUAUUAUAUGAUGUACAUGAAUACAUACAUACAUACAUACUUACACGUAUAACAUACACAGCAGCAAGAGAUUAAACCAUACCUAUCUCAUAUCAUCACAAUACAUAUCGCAUUGCUAUUACAGCCCAUAGUAUGCUGAGUGCCGGUGCAUCUGAACAUAGUCAUACUGCUAAAUCGUACAAGUCUAGUUCGGCCGAACCAAGUGCUAACAGUAGAACAACUGGGAGUGACUGUAAACAGAUUAGUAACUCUCGAUUACAGGGGUUGAAUAAUCUGAAUACAUAUGCUACAGAUGCUACUGCGAAGUCCUCUGGGUGUGAUGAGAGUGUAGGUAUCGAUAAGAGUGUAAGAACGACUAAACUUGUCGAAGUGAAUGCAACCACAAACACGGCGAAAAUACUUGCGUUAACCCGGGCAGUUGCAGUAAAUGCAAGUAUAAAUAAUAGGAAGACGCCUAAGUCAAGUGGGCCUAUAAAUAAAAAUAUGAGUCAGAAUGUGGCGGCGGGCGACGCUACCAGCAGCAGCGAAGAAGGCGAGCUCAGUGACUACGGUGAAGAUAAUGUGGAAGUGGGUGAUGCUUUGAGAAAUUCCGGUGCAACAAAUGAAGUAUCUGAGAGUGCACAUAUAUAUACACAUACACAUACGGAUCUAAGUAAUACACGGGCUGAUGCGAGGGACAGUGACGCGAGCGCUUAUAGGAGUAGAGGCUCUCGAUCGCUAUGGAACAUCGCUGCUGACGAGGACAAAGUCGAUGAAUAUGAAGAGCUUCUACGAAACCACGGGCGCUCAGCUGCCCUCGCCGAACAACGCGACGAUUUUCACUCCACACAUAACAACCGAAGACAACACUCGACCAGCCAACAAAACCAGAACCGUAGGGAUUUCUUCGAUUCAAUCGGGUCUUUAAAUGGGCCUGGAAACCACCGUCUAUCUCGUGCAUCCUCGCACGUGGUAUCGCGCUCACAGUCUAUAGCCGAGACAUCAGUAGUAGCCGGGUCUGGUCCUUGGGGUGUGGGUGCGGGUGUGAAUAUCAGUGGCAUCAACACCAAUAACCGCAAUCAACUGGGUUUUGGAUUUUUCGACCCGUACGAGACCGUAACUACCACACACACGCCUGAUUCUGCCACCACGACGUAUGGCGUGGGUACCAGUCUAUCGGCAAAUGGGGCUGGGCCCGAUGUAUUGGGAGGCCAUCCCUUGGCUAUGCGUGCGCCUGAAGGGUUCGAGGGCAUUCCUGUGGUUUCUGCGGGCCAAAAAAAGCGAGAAGCGCAACGGAAACGUGCAAGCACGGUUCGUAGUACGAAUUCGUUUGGGUUAGAGAGAGACAGGGAGAAUGUAUUGGAUGUAGGGGAUGGUCAGUAUGGGUCUUACGCCUCUCUGCACUCACACCAGCGCUUGCAGGGCUUGGCUCAGAAUGCAGCAAAAAGCGGCCCGAGAGACAGAGACAGGGCCUCUCGAAUCAGCAGAGAUUCUGAUACUGGGCUGUAUAGGUCGAGGGAUGGGUAUGCACACACCCACACCCGUGUACGCUCAGCAAGUACGCAGAGACGGGACUCCAGUCCUACCCGGUCAAACAGGCGGAGCAGGCUGCACUCCGAUUCGGAAAAAAGGUCCGGUGUUGCGGAGGAUACCGUUUUCCAGAACAAGGCUUUCGUGCCGAAGGAUCAUGUGUUUUUCGGCAUGGAAUUAUUCAAAGAUAACGAUCAUUUGGAGACCCUCACAAAGAAGCACAAAAGCUCACCCGUUAUGUUUGGCUCGGGUAUAAAAUGUGACGCGGCCUCGGCCAUUGUCGAGGGAACUUUGUCCUGUGAAAUGCCCUAUUCAGCUUCGACACUUGAUCUCAAGAGUAUUGCGUCGGAGAACGGACUUGUAGUGGAGGACUUAAUCACUGGGCAGUUGAUGCCCAACUUACCAUCCCCUCCAGUUGAAGGGAAAGAACCCGUUAAGCCCGCCGAGCCUCAAUCAGAAUCCACCAAUAGCGACACUCAACCUGUCGUCCAAUCAACUGCCGCCAAUGGCGAGGUGAAAGUGCACCAAGACGAUAUCAUCCAAUCAGAAGACAUGGAAAUGAGUUCAGAGGACGAGAGAAGUCCACCUGUUGCCAUCGAAAUAUAUCCUGCUGCACCCAGACCCACUAUACCCUCGACAGCCGAGCCUAACCACACAUCGACAAGCGUUGCGUCACCGGCCGUCGAUUCCGUGAAGAAGCCGAUAUCCGCGUCUUCAGUUGACCUAGAUAAACUGCGCGCGAAAGCCAUGGAAACCAUCGUUAAACGCAAGAAAGCACAGCAACAGAUGAUUGGGUUGGACAUAAACGCGUUGCGAGCCCAGCUACUGGCGAAAAAGGCCAAGAAGCCAACCACGGACAAGGACGCGCCCGCCAAUCAGAAUGCGUCUGAAAGUAGCGUGUCCAAUCAGAAUCCAUCUGUGCCUGCGGCAGCGAAUCAGAGCUCGCUCAGCCGCUCAGUAUCACCCGUUCCACCAUCUGCAAAAACCCCGUGCGUUAACCACGCAGCCGCCUUCCUCAAUCGACUCAAGGCCCAACACCCCACUGCUGCACUGCCACCGGCCACCACAACCGCAAGUACAGUUAAUAAUAAUGCGAACGCAAUAGCAAGUCAAUCCCAAACACAAUCCCAGACCCGGACCCAACGCGGGGUUUCGGCACCCCUGGUGGGAUCGCGUACACCCAUCCCCGACGCAACUCAGACUGGAAGCAUGCCUCACAAAAAGGGCCCCAGUACGAGUACUGGGUCAACCCUGCGCCCCGUAAAGAGGGCUGUGUUCCCACCCGAGCCAUUGUUCCUGCGCCAGCCCACCGUUCUGUACCCAGACGAUACGGAUACGGACAGCAGCAGCGACGAGGCCGUUGCCGCUACUAACAGGAACGUGGCCAGUGUUCCACUGACCCAUGCCGAGCGACUGGCGAAUCUCAAGGCCGAGUUAGCCCGGAGAACACUGGCGAAUAAGAGCAAGGCCAAGAAAGCCCGAGUCAGCCUGCUCAGUGCGAGACAUAGUGCGAGCUGUACACGAGGCAGCACCCCGAUACCGGCGGGGAGGACCAGUCCUGUUACUGUGACGCCCGUCCUUGUGCCUAGCAACUCGGCGAAAAGUACUGGUGACCCGAGCAAAGAGCUGUCAAGUGGGGGUUCGCCCUUGGCGAGUGUACCGGGUGCUCACAAGCGUGCACUGUUGUUGGGAGGUGCUGGUUCGAGUGUUGAGGCUAGUACUCCGGACCCAUCAAGCGAGCAUCGGGAUAAGAGGAUUAGGCUGGACACCUCACCGGCGCCACCCUCUAUCUCAGAACCAGCAAAUGCAGUUGCAACCACAACAGCUGUCGCUGUGCAAGGCUCGACUUCUGCACCCAGCACAACUUCCAAUGGGCUGCCUCUGGAUGUGCCCGUGCCUGUAUCUACAACCGUACAGAAUACCACGCACGAGGUUAUUAUGCAACAACGUGAAACUGUGAGGGAGCACGAGGCUCUCGUGAAUGCGUCCAGAGUGGUUAUAGAGACAGUACACGCCAAGCAGAAAACUGCGAGUACUAUCCGAGAUACCGUAUUGAGCACGUGUCAACUACAACGGAAACGCGUGGCCGAACUCAAGGCAGCCCUAGCCGAGACCGAAAGUGCGCUGGCAGAAAACGAGACCAAGCUCCGACAGGCAAAGGAAGUCAUAGUGGAUUCAGCGAGGAAGCACGAAUUGGAAACCCUCGAGUGCAAAAAAAGGACCGGUGCUUUGUAUAUGUCCCGAGUUAAGCUGCUUGAUUCUCUGGUCAAUAGCCGACGAGCGACAUUGGCGCUGAAGAGUGGGGCCUCAAGUACUGUAUAUGACGAUACAGCCACCGACGCGGAGAUAGCAGCCCUUCGCGUACAAGCGACUAAAGAUCUCGAAAGUCUCGAUGCAAAGCGGGUUGUGUCCUCUCCUCUUGCGAUUACUGCCGCCGCCUCUGACAGCGGGUCGAGUGUUGCCAUGGCAACCGCUCCCCGGCCAUCGCCCGGGGCUGGUGCAGGUCAACAGUCCCAGAAGCAUUCAGGCGAGCCUGACAAAGUGCAAAUGGAGAGCACCGGCACUAAUGUCAGGGAACGAGGUGCAGUGGACCAGGGUACCCUAACAGUACCGCGUCGUACGUGGGUAUUGCCUUUUAGAGCGGCGUUAGGUGCCUCGAACGCGUGGAUUAUUGACACUAUAAAACUACAGGGGCAAGCGCAACGGGAUUAUAACAAACCUGUAUCGAAAAGGUCCACCGGUUCUAAACCGCAUGGCAAAAUGGGAACGGAUACGCCGAAGGUGAUCAUACCUGCAUCGAAAGUGCGUAAUGGAAUAGUCGGGAGACAGCCAGGCGCCACCGCCAAGCCCGGACGACCCGUGAAUGAUCUUAACAACCGGUUUACGUUGUUAGCAAACCAAGUUGAAUCCAACGAGGUACCGGACAGUCAGCCGGAUCAGUGGGGUGCUGACACAAGUGGCAUGUAUGAGAGCCCGCUCAGGAUGUUUAAGUCAUACCGCUUCGUCCCGUUUUAUCGCACGAAAGCGAAUUUGAGCAUCGCCUCGAACACCUACAGCCACAAAAUCGAUCCAAUGAAGAUGUUCUGUAUGAAAGAACUGGAGGGCAAAGUGUGCCGCUCCAGCACUUGCAGAGCCCAACACGUCAAGGAUUACACCCUUUCCGAGGCCGAUUUAUUGCAAGACAUUGCCUCCUACGCGGGAGAUGAGUUAGACGGCCAGGAUCAAAUAGCCGAGCGUGUAGGAAAACUGCGUAGCAAAUACCCCACGCUGGGCGAUAAGGAGUUGCAGUUGAUGUUGGUAUCCGAAGUGAAUAAUUCGAAGGAAAAUGCGGCACGUGGUGGUCCAAAGUAUGUUGCGGCAGCCCCGAGGAAGUGGACACCUACGAGCACUCAGCAUGCCCUUGCACCGCCAAAGCGCCUAGACCCUCGAGAGGUCAGCAUAGACGCACUGGAGGCUCGCAUUGAGGAUGCGAAGGCAACGAUGAAGAUCGGGCACACGCUCAAGGGCAACGCAAGGCGCGACAACACAGACGAUAAAGAGAUAGUUCGGUAUUGGGACUCUGCCAACUCAGGUGUAAAACGUGAUUUUGAAGCCAUUCUGAAGAAACACCCACGUGACACAUCUCUGUGGAUCGAGUUUGCGAAAGACGCCGCCAACACUGCACUGAACGAUACCGUUUCCAUGGCAACCGUGGAGCAGCGCGAGAAACAGUCCGCGAGGAUAUCCUUACACGUGCUCUCACGUGGCCUGGAACUGAACCGAGAUAGCGAGAGUCUCUGGAUCGAGUAUCUGACCUUGUACGAAGAACACGUUGAUGAGGAAGAUGAUAUCGCUGAGGUGUAUGCAGAUGCUGUCAGGCUAGUGCCUUGGAGCUUCAAGCUGUGGUGGCACCUGAUACACUUUGAUAGCUCGUACUCGGAGAUGUACAAGACUGUUUGCCGCGCAUAUGAAGCUAUCCAGGGCUGCCUCGAUGAGAAGCUGGAAACGCGGGCAAGCUCAACCGCUGCUAAAAACCGAGGGUCGAAUAUAAAGCGAAAUUCAGAAUCAAAAUCGGGUUCAAUAGCGACUACCCGAACCCCACUCACGACAGAACAGCGGAGACAAGACCCGAAUCUGGUUAUCGCCAGCACGCGUUCCAAAUCGCAGAAUAUAAGGGCACUCGCAGAACAGGCCCGUGCCAAGAAGAUACACGCACAAACCCGAAAAGCUGGGCUCGAAGCGCAGCUACGAACACGCGAAAGGGGUCCAAUAGAUGAGAACCCGGACACUGCAGAUGCCAUGAAGGUGGAUGAUCACGAGUAUAUGUGCUCCACCGAUGGCGAGGACGGUUCCACAAGCGAUGACGACAGCGAUGUUAAUAGUGCGGCGCAGGGGGCCUUGGAGGGGGUCUUUGCGCAAAAUGGAGAAGGCUCGGAAGAGGGCGAGAGUAGCGGUACAGACAUGGACCUGGACCCGGAGACAGAACAGACGACAUCCCCAAGCCCAGACACUGAUACGGAACAGGGAUCGGAUGGAUACGCGGGUGGCUCUGGACAUCAUGCGGCUGUGAAUGUGGAGGAGUUGGAGGAUAGUCUGCUGCGGUUUGCGGUGUAUGCCGUACAUCUGCAUCUGUUAACAGGCCGGCGUGCCACCGCCAUCGAUCUGUGCGAGAGCAUGCUUACGCCUGGUUCUGAACGUGCAUACCCGCAUGUGAAGACGGGUACGGAAGCUCGAGUACGUACUCACACACAAACCACAUCACCAGCUCAAGCUACAAGAAUAGUGCCUAAGCAGGGCUCCGUUGUCUUUGCGGGGAUCACAGACAGACUAGGACCGGGCAACAUUGCGCGGCUGUGGCUGACUUACCUGCAUGUGCGAAUGUUCCAUACUGUGCCUGUGGCGCUGUAUAUGGACUCCCAGGAUGCGCCCGUGCCCGAUCUGUUGGGUGAGAGUGUGUUGGAGUGGUCUCGACUACCAGUGAACGUGCUGCGUCAGGCGUAUUCCUCGUUAAUUGGCCACUACCGGUCGGCCAUGGCAGUAUUGCACGGGCGUAGGGAUCAUGGUGAAGUAGGAGAAAUAGCUGCAGAAAGGUUCGGUACUCUACUGUGCCUGAGUGCAGUGUGGCUGAUAGUCCACCUGGCCGAUCCGAGUACACGCGCGUCUGAAAUUGCCACAGAUACUGACAGCAGUGGAGCGGUCGGUGGCGUCGCGGCAACCCCGGUAUCGCACCAGGUGCUGUUCAAGGACGGGUUGGAGAUGUUGAACCGUAUGUUUACUACCGUAGCAGAGCGAACACAGACAGUACACGCCAGCGAAGAUCGCGUACGAGGUGUUAUGGUGUACAUCCGCCUGUGUAUGGCCUGUCAGGAGACCUCGGGCCUGCUUGACUAUGUUAUAGGCGUAGCGUGUGGGCGAACGGGGUUGGCCGAGUUGCCAGUAAGAGGAGCAGUGCCGAACUGCCCUUCAACAUCCCAAGCCCAGGAAGCUCAGACUAGCGAUCUGGUUGGUGCUGGUGAUAGCAAGAGUGGUACAGACUCUGCUGAGGUCACACUGUCUAUAGCGGACGUGCCACGGGUGCUAUACGCGUAUGUGCGGUGGAGUCUGGCGUGUGGAGAUGCGGAGAAAGCUUCCACCCUGCUCACCGUGUGUGCGCGGGUGCACUACAGCCAUGACAGAGACAUCCUGGUCUCACAGACCAUCACCACUGAUACUGUGGGAAAAUGCAUGGACGUAGCCACCCUCUACCGUACCCUGCUGGGGUUGCCUGUCGCGUAUGACACCAAACUGCCUACCUUGGUACCGAACUGUGCGGCGAGUUCGUCUGUGAGUGUGCGUAGGCAGGACGCAGCCCUGUGGCAGUGUUACUGUCUGUACCUGCAGUUGGCAACGGGUGCGGAGAGUAACGGAGCUUUUAAUGAGGAAGCAUAUGUGGAGCAAGAUGGCGUUGAGGUGGCGUACGAUCUCGCGUUGGUCACACUGCAGAGUGGGAGCCCAGCACGUCAGGUGUACAUAGACUACGUCGAAUAUCUCUGCGACACGCAGAAACGGCGUGAAGUUCCUGACCUCGAGUGUACCGAACUAACAGUGUAUCAGUCCAAGAUACAGGAUGUUCUUAAUAGAUGCCGUGUCCGAAACCCGUCACCAGCAAUAACACCGUUUGCUACAUCCAUUGCAGCGAGCUAUGGAUAUGCUAUUGGGCUGGGUCGGGAGAAGGACUAUAGAUUCUCUGGGAAAGUACUAGAUUACUUCUUCAAUUGUCUACCGGAGAAUCGAUGGAGCUUAGUGUUCGAAAGCACUCUUCGUUUGGAGCCCGACAAUCCAUCCAUCUCCCUCAAGGCAGUGUAUUAUCAGUACAGUAUAGGCGCCGUACAGAAGGCACAUAAUAUUCUGGGGCGGUUGGUACGCGCCUGUCCCCAGUUCUUUGUAGCCUGGCGGAUGGCUGCGGCUUUAGAGAUUAACGAGAAGAAGAUUGAGGAAGCCAGAUGGCUGUACAGUGCAGGCGUGGGUAGUCUGCCCUUGUGUGCCGCACUGUGGCAGGAUUGGUUAGAUUUCGAGAACCUAGACUUUGUCGCCAUCUCACACGGCAGCAACCACCAAGCAGCCAUCACCGAUGUCAUGCGUGCGGCUAUAGCACGGGGUGUGAUUAUUGGAAGUACCAGGAUAGACACAGACACCACUACGAAGUCAAGUACAAACACACAAGAAUACGAGGAUCAAUAUAAUGAAGCACCGCGGAUAGAUGCUGAUAAGGCCACAGCUCCCACGGAUACCAGUGCCGAGAGCGUUUCCGGAGACUGAUCAAGGAUGGAUGUAAUGUCGCACAGG